AGUCGCUGGCUGCGGCGCCGGCCUCUCCCGGCGCUCCGCUGCUUUCUCUCGACGAGGCCGGGCCGGCCUGCAUCACCGUGACAUCCCCGGCAUUCGGGGCGCUUCUCGGGCGCCCGCCGAGCUCCAGUGGAAGCAAUAAACGGCAUAAGGGUUGAUUUUGGAUGACAAAAGAUUAAAACUAUACUCAAGCCCUGCUUGGAAAAAACGUAAGCCCUUGCAGCCCAUGGAAGUUACAGUCCUCACGUGGAUCUGAUGUGAAUGCACAGAAAGCCCACAGAGCUGAAAGGGAUAGGAGAAGAGUCUAAAGAACACAGAACUUGCCUAUCCAUAAAAUGGGAUAAGAAUCCCUGCCUGCAAAGAUUACAUGAAGAUAGAACGAAACCAUCGAUCUAGGAGCUGCUAGUGGAGCUCAGUGAUUUGGGAGCCACUGGUCUCUGGUUCUUUCCCCUUCUGUGCAUUUCUAGAGGGAGAAAGCAGCCCUCAGAAAUGGUGAGGGACCUGGUGCUCGGGCAUCCUCAAAGCUCAGUGUGCAGCUUCAGAGUCAGUUGGGUUAUUUGCUUACGUGGCAGAUAACCCCUUUUGGACUAUUAAGUCUCAAUCCAUUGAGGUCUCUGGACUGGCUUGAUGCCUAGACCCUAACUGCUUAGGGAUGUGCACUGGCCUUGGGAACCAGUGAGGCUGAGUUGGAAAGAAUUGCAAAGGGAAAAGAAACAGGCAAAAACCCCGUGUGAUACCACUGUGACUGGCUCUGAGCAGGUGGACCAGGUUGGCCACUUUUUGGAGAACAGCAGACUUUGGAGGAUGAGCAGAAGGGGACCACGGUGGGUUCACAAGUGUAACAUUCCAGGAGGUGAGAGCCGAGCCUUUUUUCUCUGGAUUCCUCCCUAGUAGUGGAGUCUUCACAUCCCCUCUGCGGAAGAGGCGGUUACAGAACAGGAAGGAGCUGCGAGCCAGCAUCCGAUCCCUUGCACAUUUGUUCUGUUCCCCACGUGUUUUCCAGUCUUGCCUGAAACUCUCCAGUCUAGGGCCUGGUUCCUCAGAGCUCAAGGCUCGCUUUCUUCACAGUUGUCUGAAAGCAUCUUAAGACUGAAUUUCUGAACUCACCCAAACCUGUUAGUUCAAAAUCUAUAGCUCAACCAGCACGACAGGUGACUGAGGUCUUAUAAAGUCUGAGCAACUGAAUACAAAUCCAUUUCAGAUAGAUGGUUAACGGUAAGAGGAGAGCUGAGAGGCCAAUCUGCUGAAUGCAUGCACGCCUGGGCACAAAGUUUCGAUGGGGAGAGAAGUCUCCAUGACUGGUGAGGGCCUGGAGUCCUUAGGGAAGAGGCCUGCAGCUUUGGGCCUCUGGACGGGACAGAGCUUAGGGAGAGAGCUCAAGCCUGCCCCAAGGCAAACCCUCAUUAACAUGUUUCUGGAGCUGGGCCCUUACAGAUUUCCUCAUCCUGGACACUGAAGGGAGUUACACUGAAGUAUUUUCUGUUGUGUCUGGGCUUGCCCCUUCACACACAAACUCCUCUUUUCAGAAAUGGUAGCGCUGCAGAGAAAAAGCAAGUUGGUGAUCUGAGGGCCUCGGAGGCUGCUGUGGGGCACUGUAGGUCCUGGUGAUGACCCUGUAGGGAGAACCACUCCCAGUAACCUUUCUUUGUGUUUUCCAAAGCCCUACACCUGGGCAGAAGAGUCAUCAGGCAGCCAUCAGCACACCUGGAGGUCCUUUGCAUACAAUUUUCAUAGGUGAUAUUCCUCAUUCAAAGCUUUCCAGGACCAGGUCCUUGCUGAACAUUUUUCUGGAGACAAGAAGGAAGAGAGGAGCUGGUGAUGGAAGGGCACAGAGCGGAGAUGGCCCAAGCUGUAUGCAGGACCCCUGCCCACUCCAUCUCCUGCAGCUGCACGACGGUCAUCGGAAGGGCUAUGACUGGGCAGGGAGGCCCUGUCACCUCUCCUCCCUGGGGUCCCUCCUCUGCUGCACAGCACCAGCACAGAGAACUGACCUGGGCGGGGAGGCAGCGGGCGUCUCCAUCAACCACUCCCAGAUGCUGCUCCACCGCCUGCAGGAGCUGCUUCGGCAGGGCAACGCCAGCGACGUGGUCCUGCGUGUGCAGGCUACAGGCACCGACGAGGUUCGAGUCUUCCACAGCCACCGCCUGCUGCUGGGGCUGCACAGCGAGCUGUUCCGCGAGCUGCUGAGCAACCAGAGUGAGGUGGUGCUGCAGGAGCCCCGAGAUUGCGCGGCUGUCUUCGACAAGUUUGUCAGGUACCUGUACUGCGGUGAGCUAACUGUGCUGCUGGCCCAAGCCAUCCCGCUGCACCGGCUGGCCAUCAAGUACGGCGUGGCCCCGCUGCAGCGCGGCGUGGCGGACUACAUGCGCGCGCACCUGGCAGGCGGUGCAGGCCCCGCCGUGGGCUGGUACCAUUACGCGGUAAGUACCGGGGACGAGGCCCUGCGCGAGAGCUGCCUGCAGUUCCUGGCCUGGAACUUGUCUGCUGUGGCGGGUAGCGCCGAGUGGGGCGCUGUGAGCCCCGAGCUGCUGGCGCAGCUGCUGCAGCGCUCAGACCUGGUGCUGCAGGAUGAGCUGGAGCUGUUCCACGCGCUGGAGGCGUGGCUGGGCCGCGCUCGGCCGUCGCCUGCCGUGGCCGAGCGAGCGCUGCGCGCCAUCCGGUACCCGAUGAUCCCGCCAGCACAGCUGUUCCAGCUGCAGGCGCGCUCUGCCGCCCUGGCGCGCCACGGCCCCGCGGUGGCCGACCUCCUGCUUCAGGCCUAUCAGUUCCACGCCGCCUCGCCGCUGCACUACGCCAAGUUCUUCGACGUCAACGGCAGCGCUUUCCUUCCCCGCAACUACCUCGCGCCCGCCUGGGGUGCUCCUUGGGUCAUCAACAACCCAGCCCGCGAUGACCGUAGCACCAGCUUUCAGACGCAGUUGGGACCGAGCGGCCACGACGCGGGCCGCCGGGUCACUUGGAACGUGCUCUUCUCGCCGCGCUGGCUGCCCGUCAGCCUGCGGCCAGUCUACGCCGACGCCGCGGGCACCGCCCUGCCAGCCGCGCGCCCCGAGGACGGACGGCCGCGUCUAGUGGUUACUCCGGCCAGCAGCGGUGGCGACGCUGCAGGAGUGAGCUUCCAGAAGACCGUGCUAGUGGGAGCCCGCCAGCAAGGCCGGCUCCUGGUCCGCCACGCCUACAGCUUCCACCAGAGCAGCGAGGAGGUCGGCGACUUCCUGGCGCACGCAGACCUGCAGCGGCGCAACUCUGAGUACCUGGUGGAGAACGCGCUGCAUCUACACCUCAUAGUCAAGCCCGUCUACCACACCCUCAUCCGGACGCCCAAGUAGAUCGGAUUGAAAAAGACUGGCCUAGGAGAUGCCAAGGUCUGGGAAGGAUGAGGCAUGUGUGCAGGGGACUGUGAGCCCGGUCCCUGUGUGGGCUGGCACUGGCUGGUUGGGGCUAGGGUGGGUGCUAGGUGAGUGGCAGUAGACCAGAUGCCUGGAUUCUGGAACUCAUUCCACAGCCAACUUUGAAGGCAACAUUUUUGGAUCUGAAUAAAUAGAUACUCAGA